AUGCAGCCAACCGCAGGAUACCGUUUCAUAACCUCUUCUAUUCCUCUUCCUAUUCCAUGUCUCCUCCUCCUCUCCUUAGAACGUUUUCCUAGGCUUCGUUUUGCAAUAAACAAACUAGAUCAUGUGGUGGGCCUGGAGACACUGUAUGGCGUCCUGAUGGAGGAGCACCUCGGCCUGCAGCUGUGCCUCCAGGAGACGACGAGGAGGCUGCGGGCCGAAGAGCGGCGGUCGAAGGAGCUGGAGGAGAAGAGGAACCCGAUCAACGUGGCCCUGGCCGAGCGGAUAGGCCAGCUUGAGGCAGAGGCGGAGGGACUAAGGAGGACCGUCGCAGAGCUACGGGAGGAGAACGACCACCUCGAGUUCAGGCUCUUGGAGAUGGACGAGGUACCCAUCAAGGUCAGUACGAAACUUCUUUUAGCGUAG